UCAGAUCAUUCUAUGCAUCUUGGGGAAAGCAUUGCAAUUGCUAUGACAGUUGGGCAUUUGGCUAAAAUUGCCAAGGUUAUGAAGCUUGUCAAUAAUCUCAUGAAGGCUCCUGAAAUUGCCAUUACAAUACAAGAAUUCAGCCAAGAAAUGAUGAAGACGGGAGUCAUUGAGAAGCCGGUCAGUGAUGCAAUUGACUCAACAAUGGGACUUGGGGUAAAAAAAGACAGGAUUGAAGAGGAAUUUGAAAAUGUUUUAAUUCCUCUUGCUGGUGAGACAGCUGCUCAACUUCCGUAA